AUGGCCUCUCCCCAGAAGAUCAAGACUACGCUUACCGAUCUGCUCCAGAUCAACCACCCCGUCCUGCUGGCGGGAAUGAACGUGGCUGCUGGGCCCAAGUUGGCCGCAGCAGUCACCAACGCGGGUGGUCUCGGUGUCAUCGGAGGUGUCGGAUACACUCCUGACAUGCUCCGCGAGCAGGUUGCCGAACUUAAGAGCUUCCUGAAUGACAAGAACGCCCCUUUCGGCGUUGAUCUGCUGCUCCCUCAAGUUGGUGGAAGCGCGCGCAAGACGAAUUACGACUACACAAAGGGCAAGCUUAACGAACUCGUCGACAUCAUCAUCGAGAGUGGCGCGAAGCUCUUCGUCUCUGCCGUCGGUGUUCCUCCCAAGUCUGUUGUCGAUAAGCUCCACAAACAUGGAAUUCUGUACAUGAACAUGAUUGGCCACCCAAAGCACGUGCAGAAGGCUAUUGACAUCGGUGCGGAUAUGAUUUGCGCCCAGGGUGGUGAGGGUGGUGGUCACACUGGUGAUGUCCCUACGACGGUUCUUAUUCCCACCGUUGCCAAGCUCUGCGAGGGCAAGAUCAGCUCUUUCACCGGCAAGCCUGUGCAGGUUGUUGCUGCUGGUGGUCUGUUCAACGGUAACUCUCUUGCCGCUGCUCUGAUGCUUGGAGCUUCCGGUGUCUGGGUCGGUACCCGCUUCAUUCUCGCUGAGGAGGCGGGUGCCCCCAAGGCUCACCAGGAGGCUGUUCGCACUGCCGGCUUCGAGGACAACAUCCGCACGAUCAUCUUCACUGGCCGCCCCCUGCGCGUGCGCAAGAACGAAUACAUCCUCAACUGGGAGAACAACCGCCAGCAAGAGAUCAAAGACCUGACCGCCAAGGGUGUCAUUCCAGUUGAGCACGACAUGGAGAACAUUCCCGAUGACGUUGACGACGAAUACCUUGAGAACGCCCGCCCAUACCUGAUGGGCAAGGUCGCCGCCGUGGUGAACGAGAAGAAGUCCGCCAAGGCCAUCGUCGAUGAACUCGUCGAUGAUGCGGCCGCCCUCAUGGCCAAGGGCAACAAAAUGCUUGCCAAGCUGUAA